AUGAGGCAGGACUUGGCUCGGGGGCAGCAGUACACACAGGCCGAACUGGCCUCGUCCAACCCCAAUCAAAGAAACUGGAAGGGCAUCAUCAUCGCCGUCCUGGUCAUCUGCUUCGUCCUGGGCAUGAUAGUGACGUCGGUGUUGCUGCUGACCCCACCUGAUGACGGUCCGAGGGUCAAAGGUCGGAGAUUUGAGUUAGACGAUAUACUGGGUGACAGCUUCAAGAUCCACACCUUCAACGGCAGCUGGAUCUCUGAUAAUGAGAUCGUGUUCCGUGACCCAGCUGGCGGACUCUCCAUCUUUGACGCCGAGACCUUGACCUCUAGAGUCCUCGUCUCCAACAUUACCUUCCGACAACUCAACGUGGCCCACUUCAGUGUCUCCCCCGACCUACGCUAUGUCUUGCUGGCCGAACACGUGGAGAAGUUGUUCCGGUACUCCUUCAAGGCCAAGUACCACGUAUACGCCACGGAGACACAACACCACAUCCCGCUCACGCCGACGCCAGAAGACCGCGGCCACCCUGCGCUCGUGCUGGCGAAGUGGGCACCAGUGGGGUCGGGGCUGGUGAUGGUGGACGAGCAGUACAAUGUAGUGUACAAAAGGAUGGCUGCCAGCCCUGAGGUGUACAAGAUCACUGACACUGGCCGUCCCGGGGUAGUGUACAACGGCGUUCCGGACUGGGUAUAUGAAGAGGAGAUCCUUGGUAGUAACAGUGCUGUGUGGUUCUCGCCUGACGGUGAUAUGUUAGCGUACGCCUCCAUCAACGAUACCUUAGUGGACACAGUGCCCAUCCCCGAGUACGGCGCCUACCAGCAGUACUCUGUCGUCCACUCACUCAGAUAUCCUAAGCCUGGCCAAGAGAACCCCAAGGUCACGCUGUGGGUGGUUGACCUUAGUGACCCAAGGUUGAUCAAUCCACAUGACCUGAAGCCCCCGAACGUGGUCAAAGACCAGUUAGUGCUCUCCGCAGUGUGGGACCACUACUUCACGGCGGUCACCUGGGUCGACAGUACCACCAUCAGCGUCGUCUGGAUGAACAGAGCUCAGAACACCUCAGUCAUCACUACCUGUGCUCACCCCAUGUACUACUGUGAGGCGACACACACGGAACACUCAGGAGGUCACGGCUGGGUGGAACUGUAUGACGCUCCCAUCUUCUCUGAGGACGGCCAGAGUUACCUGGUGAGACUACCUGUGCGUGACGGGGAGGAAGGCGAGUUCAAGCAUGUCAACCUGUACAGUGUGCGCAUGCGUCGGGUCAUGCCCAUCACCCACGGUGCCUUCGAGGUCACUGAUAUCUUGGGUUGGGACCAGAACAACAAUUACAUUUACUACAUGGCCACGAAGGAGGAUGAACCCGGAGAGAGACACUUGUACCGUGUGGCUGACGCCCUCCCAAUGCUUCGGAUCCCAGAGUGUUUGUCGUGCUUGGAGGCGGAUAACACCACUGACGCCUGCCUCUACAACAAGGCCCAUCUCUCCUCUGACUUUGCCUUCUUUAUUCUUGAGUGUCUUGGCCCGGACGUUCCCAGGACCUACCUUUUCUCUACUUGGAGUAACCAGGGUGAUCACAAAGUUGAGGAAAGUGGGAAGCGUCGGUCAUCAGCCACGAGCAUGGUACCGAGGAUGAUCUACACCUUGGAUGACUACAGUGAGCUGAGGGAGAGGGUGGAGGAAAUGGCUAUGCCUCAGGUGAAGGCUUUCCCUGUUAAACUUGAGGGUGAUGAUACCUACCUGUACCAUGUCCAGCUGUUCCUCCCGCCUGGUCUAAGAGAGGAUGAGAUCACCACCUAUCCCAUGGUUGUCCAAACGUAUGCAGCACCAGGAGCCCAGGCAGUGACAUCCAAGAUGAGGAUCUCACUCUGUGUACACGGAGAGAUACAUGGGCUCCCCACACGUGUACCCAGGUAGCAACUACAAGGGUUACGAAGCUGCCGAUGCCACCAAGGUAGCUGGCAACCUGAAGGACAAGAUGUUUCUGCUGAUUCACGGUACAGCAGAUGACAACGUUCACUACCAUCACUCCAUGAUGCUGGCCAAGGCUCUGGUGGAUGAGGGAGUUCUCUUCCAGCAGAUGACAUAUGCAGAUGAGAACCACGGACUGACUGGCGUGAAGGAGCAUCUCUACCAUACCAUGAACAAGUUCCUUGCAGACUGCUAUCGCCCUACCAUCAAAGAGCUAUUCUUCCUUAUCAAGAAAAAGAAGAAGGAAAUUGAGGAAAUCGGUUACCUGUAAAUGUGGAGGUGUUGGGUGGUGCAGGACCUUCUGUGGCCUGUUUGUGUUGGCGGAGUUAUCAUGGUCAGUGGCUCCUGGACACCACAGAGAUGACCUCCCCUUUAUAAUUAUUUCAUUUGUUCAAGGACAACAUUGACUGGUGUGAAGGCAAAUGUAAAUUAAAACUAACUUUUAACAUUUUGAACGGGAAGUUGUCAGUCAGUUAUGUUAUCAACAACUUUUAAUGGGUGAAAGAGAUUUUAAUUAAAAUAGCAUCAAUGCUGUGCGGUUAUUUUGGGUGGAACUUGGAGUACAAUGCAGAGACUUCUUAUCCACAUUAUUGGUAAUUUGUUGCAGAACGUUGUGCUGGGAGGAGUUACACAACUGUUUCUCUUUUGGCAGACUUUAUGAGUGUGGUUUUAUUCUCCCAGCGAUGACUCAUUGUACUGUGAAAUGCAGUCAGAAAAAAAUAGUGACCAGAAUUAUUUUUAAUGUUGCAGAUUGACAGUUUGUGCAUAUAUGUAUGUGUAAAUUUUAAUUUUAAUAUUGAUAUGUCAUUCAUUCUCUUUUGUAGGUGAUUAAUGGGCAUCAAUAGAUAAUACUCAUAGUCCAGCAUUAAUCAUGUAUUCACACGCAAGCUUGACAAUGUCACCUCCUUUUGAGAAGUGUCGCCAUUAUGGUGGUGAAGUUUACAUAGUGUUUCAGGAACACUUCAGCUACAUUAUACACUUUUCAGGAUUUUUUUUUAUGAUACUGUACUUGUACUGUAUCAUGAUUGUACUUGUUUUUACACUAUUUGCAUAAUAUGGGUGCUGACACCAGUGACCCAGUCGCUAAAUAAUAGGAAUAGUUUGACAUAUUAUCAUGAAGCACAAGGAACCACAUCUAAAAUAUUAAUUUGUUAUUUUCAAUAAAUAUCUUUCAUUACAGUAUAUUCCAUUUUGCCAGUAUUAUUACCUCAGCACAAUUCUCAGAUAGUUAUCAAAAAUAUAAAGACACUGUACAAUGUCCUAAUUUCAAAUGGUGCAAUGUUUUUAGCUUCACUCCAGUUAUCUUCAUGUAAAGCCUUUUGUGUAAGGCUGUUAUGAGUUUACUGCCUUUAAUGGGGAAUGCCCAAAGGAAGGUUUCUGGCACAUGAGGACAGGCAACAUACAGUAGUGGUCAAAAUCCAGCUCUUUUGAUGCCUUGCACACUGUCUCAUGGACACAUCAAAAUAAUUAAUUCUUGUCACCCUGAUAACCUUUAUUUAACAUGAAAAUCCCUGUAAAGGAUAAAUUGUUAUAGAAAGUUAUUACACAUUGUAGCAGUACAAUUUACUAAUUGAUCACAUUUUUUUUAUUAGUCGUGGCUAUGUAGUAUAAGAAAUGGCCUUUAUCAUGCACACUCAGGAGCUAGGCCAGGAUAAUCAGUACAUAUACUAAUUAAGGUAUUCAUAUGAUAUUUUUUUCUGAAUGAAUUUAAAAAAUCUUGCUAUCAUUUCUUAUAUACAAUACAUUUAAAAAAUUAUUUAUAAUUAUUCUAAUGGGUUUAAAAACCUAUAGAGCAGUCAGUCAUUAAACUUGGAGAGUGACACAUGUCUCUAUCAACAAGAUUUUGUACUGGCUGCUUUUACACAAUCAAAUAUCUUUUUCAGCGGACAUUGUUAAUGUAAUAUUUUAGAUAAUCUUAUUUUUCCCCUAUCAGGUUAUAAGAAAUUAAGUUCUGAGUAGUUGAAUUAAUUUGUUCAGUGGAAAUGUAAAACAUUGACUAUUUCACUAGGAUCACGAAACUUCCUGCAACUGAGAAGAAAACCAUAUAUGUAUAAAAUAUAUUAUGCAUACUGUAGGAACUCGUAUGCACAGUUUAGGAUGGCACAGAGGCAGGCAUUAGUAGUUCAGGUACUGUCGACGAGUAGUAAACAUACAGUGGCUCUAGGCAAGCUACUACCUCUCCACCACCAAGCGUGACAUCAUUGUAUACAAUAUCUUCAUUCACAUCUUCGAAAGCAAUUUGGCUAACAAUAUCAUUAAUAAUAUUUAAUUUAAACACACUGAUUGGUUUAUUAAAUACCCUUAGUUUGCAUUCAUUAUCAAUUGAGGCAAGAAUUUAGGCUUAAGUUCAGUGGGCAGAAAUCAUUUAAACUUUGACUGCACUGUAUGUAUGGCUUCCUAAACACUAUACACUGUACCUCUCAUAUGUCAUGUGUGUCUGCCUGCCUCUACUUCCUCAUGCCCACAUACCCCUAUUUUACACUAUGCAAUGUGCCAGUGCUGUGCUCUGUGGCAACUGACCCCUGUGGUAACUGUUUGCUGUGGCAGUUACUGUGAUGACUAUCUGCUAUGGUGACUGUCUGCUGUGGCAAUUGUCUAUGAUGAUGAAUGUGUGCUAUGGUGGGCGUGUGUAUGCCCACACAUAGCUCACUAACACACACAAGCUGGGGUCACUGUAUCAGUCAACUAUUGAGUGUUUUUCUUGAAAGCCUUUCAAGCUUAUAUAGCAAGAUAAUAUCAAACUUUAUUCUGAUAUACAGCAUUAUGUAUUUUGUUGUUAUUUAGAGAUUUACAGUACAUGCUCACAACAUAUGUUAACUGUUAUACCUUAUAUGAGAGAUAUUAAAGAAAGCUCCUACAGAUGAUAUAUAAAGCGUCUAUAUUUUGGUUUGGUGGUGUCCGGUUGUAAUGUUAUAUACAUUCCAUAGUUUCAGAUGUGCUAUCGUUUUGAGUAACUAUUCUUUUUCACAGAUUUUAUUUUUUAAAUGUGAUGUAAGAUAGUCCUUCACUGCACAACUGUAUUAUUUUAGAUGUUGUUGAUAUCAUGAAAUAUUUACACACCUCAGUAAUGGUUGAGAAGUUCCAGCACUGGGCAAGGCGCACCUUGACGGUGUUUUUAUUAUCCAUGUUGGCCCUUGAGUAAGUUUCUGUAUCAUCCAGGUCUCUUGUUUCCUCCAAAUAUGUUGCACCAGAAGACUGCUGGAUGUUGUAACUCAACUUCUAGCAUUUACUGUGCAUUGGGACACCUUUAGAGUUGGUGCAUAAUAAUUAUUAUCUGUUGUUUCCUGCCUGGUGUGACGGGCGGUACACCACAUGACUGGUUCAUCAUAUAUGGACCAACGCUGAUCAAUACCUUAAAGUUAUGAUUCUACAUAUCAGUAAGUGAAAGUAUUGUACAUAACCCUCUUGACUUGAGAGGAUUGCACCCUUUGACUCUUUGUUUUAUAUUCCAGGUCUUUAUCAUUUAAUAUUUCUUCGACAAUCAUAUCAUAAGUAAAGUUAGGUGACUAUUAAUAUACACAUUACUCUGUAGCUUUAGAUAUUGAUUUAGCACAAUUGAUUACUCAUCUUGCUUAUUUAUCAUAAUUUUCAAAUCCGAAUAGGUGUUGUAAGGUAUAUAAUUCCUGUAUAAGUACAGUAAACAGUUUUGAAAGACUUAACAUUUACAGUCCCUUCUUUUAUGUACUUCUGGAAGUUUCCUUUGCUAUCUUAUUGAUAGGGAGACCUUGUGCAUGAUGUAACAGAAGAAAUGUAAUACAGUACAAUAU